AUGAUGCUGGUGGAACGGUGCGACAUCUGCCAGGAACGAUUGGCUAGCCAAGCUCAAGAACCAUUAUUGGCGGACCCAUUGCCGUCAUACGUGUUCGAAGAUGUAUCGGCAGACUUAUUCCAACACGGAUCGCUACACGUGUUGGUUUACGCCGAUCGAUUGUCAGGAUGGCCGGUGGUGCAUCAGUGGCGCCAUGACCCUACGGCCCGGGAGGUGGUGCAGGCCGUCAUCAACAAUUUUGUGGAGUUAGGCGUGCCGAUGCGACUUCGGUCGGAUAACGGCCCGCAAUUUGAAGCAGGCGUUUUUCAAGCGGCCCUAAAGCGCUGGGGUGUGUCAUGGGGCAAUUCCACUCCUCAUUACCCCCAAAGCAACGGGCACGCGGAAGCAGCUGUAAAAACGGUGAAAGAGCUGGUACUGAAGCUAGCCCCGUCGGGGGAUUUAUCGUCGGAAGUGUUCCUUGCUGGCCUGCUGGAAUUUCGAAACACCCCGCAUGCAACCAGAUUAUCACCGGCUCAAAUAGUAUUUGACCAUCAGCUCCGAUCUAUGGUGCCCGCCCAUCGAUCCUCCUAUUCCAAUCAAUGGAAAGACGUCAUGGAUGCGCGAGAGCGUCAGGCGGAAGCAGAUGCAAACACAAAAUUCCGAUACGACCUACGAUCACGCCCACUGCCAUCGUUACCGGUCGGUGCACCAGUACGCGUCCAAGAUCCGAAAACGAAAUUAUGGAGCCAUAGCGGAGUGAUCGUCGCGGUCGGACAAUACCGGUCCUAUCGGAUCAAGUUUGCCAGCGGCAGUGUACUCUGGCGUAAAAGGCGGUUCAUCCGCAUGAUGGUUCCGGCAGCGACCGAGAGCGGGAGCAGCGAAGAAUCCACGUCACCAACAGCAGAAGCACACGAUACGAAGGCAGAUGCGGAGAUGCCAGGGAAAGAGCAACCCCAGUUGGACCCCCCUCCAGUAGUUCUACGCCGAAGCACCCGUACGCGAAAACCGCGCCCGGAGGAUGUGACCGUGUUGAUUGGAAUCGACGUCGAAGAGGUCCAUGAUCUUGUAGCUGCCGUCAAGUCACCGGCUGGAACAGCUGGGCCUAUCGCCUUCCAGACACCGUUUGGUUGGGGUUUUGGAGGUCAAACGGUUAUGCCUUAA